UAUGAUGUAUGCAUAUUUGAUUAAAAUCAACAUGGAAAUUAGUCAAAUAGUAAAAAAUAAUGAGAUCAUUGGGAACUCAGUACUAAUAUCAGUAGCGACAUGGCAACAGCCGAGCCAUUACAAACGGCUAGCAACAGCAAAUAGUGAGAAAUGUGUGAGUGCGUAUGUUUGUUACUUGGGUGCCCAUACAUAAGAGACUGCAGCUAAGUACAGGAGCUAAGAACCUGGCAUGAAAGGAUGGCGAUAGCAUAUCACGGUGUUCAGAAGCAGUGCCAUUACCACGCUGACUCCACAGCCUACUACUGCUACGUCUUCAGGUGAUAAGCAAAGAAAAAGAAGAGAUUUAUGCGCUGGAUAUGUCUUUGAUUCUCAGUAAAAGACCUCGAUAAUUUACGCAAAGCAGCGAAGUCGUGCAAGAUAUUUUGGGCCUUUGAGAAAAACUUGAGUCGGAAUUCGACUGUAGAACUUAUAAGGCUUUUGGAAGUGCCUUCGAUAGUCGAACGUCUUACGAUUCUAGUUAAUAACCAUACAUCAUAACCACACCAAGAUGCAUGUCAACCGGAGUUUAUUACCCAUCAAACUACAUUACUUCCUAAGAUAUGCAGGCUCUGCAUUUCUGGUAAUGGUUCUCCCUCUGAUAGCAAGGCAGAAGGGGGUAACACCUCAGGGCAUCGGGUUCCUAUGGAGUACAAUGCCCAUUGUUGGCUUGAUCGCCACCAGCGUAUCAGGGGCAUCUGCAGAUUAUUUCCGAGCACAUCGCACUGUGUUCUUGUGUUCUCUUGUCUUCCUUACCACGGGAAUCAUGGCAGCUUAUGGCCUUCCAAGCCUCCCACUUGAUGAAGGAAACACUAGUAAUGUCCUUCAGGAUAUCAGUGCCAAGUUUCCAAGUCCUCCACUUGAUGAAGAAAAUGCUGGAAAUGUUCUUCGAAGUAUCGGUGCCCAAUUCACUAAUUUUUCUGCAAACGAAGAGCACAUCCGCCAUGGCCUCAUGAACCCUGAACAGACUGAAGAUAGUUCAGCCUCUAAUAGAACGGGCCUGCAGUUUCCAUCAGUUACUAAUCUCCUCCAGGACAGGAUUGACCCAGAACUGAUCAUCGAGGAAGGACAGUUCCCUUCUCCAGUUUCGAGAGACUUCUCAGACUCCGAAGAUUCUUCAGCACUAUCUUACCUCAUGAAGUAUCCGCAGUUCUGGUUGAUAUUUGGGGCUCUAUUGAUUGAACAGAUGGGCCUCAGUACCUGCGUAACGAUCACGGACGCUGUUUGUUUACAAAUUCUUGGAAGCGAAAGACACAAAUAUGGUCAGCAGCGACUUUGGGGAACCAUUGGCAUGGGCCUCUUCUCGGUCAUCACAGGAGCUCUGGUAGACCUUUACUCCAACGACCUACCUCAAACCGACUACCUUCCGGCAGUGAUUAUCUGUGUUGUGCUCAUGACGUCAGACAUGGUUCUUGUGUCUAGAAUGAAAAUCUCAUCCUCAAAAGAGAGCAUAGUAAAAAUGGGGGAUGUUGGGAGUGUUAUCGUUCGGCCUCAAACCUUGCUUUUCUUUGUAACGGCCUUCGUUAUGGGAACAUCCUUAGGUCUUCUAUGGGUGUUCAAGCUGAUGUAUAUCGAAGACGUGUCCAUUGCGUGGGACCCAGACUUUGCAAACUUGAAACUCCUGCAAGGACUAGAUAUAGGCAUUGAGACAUUCGGAGGAGAAGUUCCUUUCUUCUUCCUCUCAGGAACGCUCAUAAAACGCCUUGGAUACAACGUGAUAUUUGCUGGAUGCCUGGGGACUCUAGCCAUAAGGUGCUGUCUUUACUACACUUUAAGUAAUCCUUGGUUGUUCCUACCAGUUGAGUUCCUCAAUGGCAUAAGCUAUGCCUUAUUCCAUGCCUGCAUGGCAGCUUAUGCCAGUCACCUGGCACCACCUGGGGCACAGGCAACUCUCCAGGCACUGGUCAGAGCUUUAUUUUUGAUAGGACAGUCGACGGCAGGUUUUCUAGGAGGGGUCCUGUUCCAGUCUGUUGGAGGAGCUGUGAUGUUUUUGAUCGUCGGAAUUUUCGAUGCUGUUUUCUGCAUGAUUUUUUUGUGUUCUCAGUUCCUGAUCACAAAAUACUGCCCAUCCGAGAAGUUACAAGGUUUUGUUUAUGACGGCUCAAGCAGUUCAUCGACAACCUCAGCGAGAGACUCAUCAAAAAAUCCUCAAAAAGAGAAGAACGUAAGAGAAGAAAAGGACGCCCGGAAAUCCCUGUUAGAAGACGUUUAAUGCCAUGAGUUAGUCAGCCAUGUUAUUAAGAAUCAUUUAGAAAUCGGUACAACACUGAGUUGGUCCUGGAAAAGGAUGACUAGUUCGUUGCGAUGAAAAAGAAAGUAGAGCAGAUUUCGGUUUUAUAUCAGUAAGAAACAUGACUGAGAAUCUUUAACAACUCUUGUAAUAUAUAAUACAUAACUAAACCGCAAUAUACCAUACUGUUAUUUUCUUGUGAACGCGAAAAAAUCUCAUGACGUACACUUCUUAACUUAUAAGUGUAAAAUUUGCUUAAAGGGCUUAAUGCGUAGUCUGUUCAGGUAAUUAACUCGCGUAUGGGCGUUUUAUAAAUAGAUUUUUUUAUUUAUAUUUAUUUGCAAUUGCAUAGGUAAAUAUUAUCCGGUUCAUUUGUAUUCAUAAUACAAAUCGUUUAUUAUCCUACAUGAAUUAUAAUCUUGGUAGAUUCCUAUCAAAAAAGAUUUUGCUAAGAUGUUUAAUUUUCUAAGUAUGUUAUAUCAUUGAUACAUUUUUAUAAUGUGUAUAUUUGUGUAAAAGCUCUGGGACUCUGACAGUCUCUAACCAAAAAGGAGAUAUCGUAGGACUUUACUACAUUUUUUCCCUUAAACUUAAGGUUGUCAGAGAAGCAAGUACUUAUUCUAAAUGUCCUGUUUUACGGAAUGGCCUUUCAAGUACGACCAGGCUAUCACUCUCAGUAUUAAUACUAGUCUUUUUCACAUUUCUUUUAUUAAGCUGUUUUGCCUGACAAUACCAGGUUCGAAGUUCGGAAUUA